UCGCAUGUUAUAGGAAAAACUCGCAAAUUUCACCUAAAAACAUAGUAAUUCAGUGUUUUCCAAAUAAGGAUUACAAAAGAUUACAAGUAUGAAAUAUUGAAUGGUGGGGAUGACAGAGGAUCCACUGCGCAGACGCGGCGCAACUUUCGAUUGCAUUCCGUCUUAUAAUAAUCGCGAUUUCGCAAAUUUCUAUUCAGUAACGCGUAGAUUUAUAUUGCAAACUGCUAACUUACAUCUAUUUUUAAAAUCUGUGUGAAAGAUAUCCGAUCUUUUAGUACCGGUAUGUUAUCGGGCUACAUCCGACCGCGGUUUUGUCUUCACAAACAUCAACGAAUCAAAAUCUGUAUGAUUAUCCAACGUUGUUCAAGGAAGUAAAAAAGGAUUUAAAGAAGCUAACACUUUAAAUAAAAUACGAGAAAGACGAUUUUCCUGAUAUAUUAAUAUAUCAUAAACCAACACAAAAAGUAACUACUUAAUAGAAUCUAAGCUCAACACGCAAAUGACUGUUUGGGGUAAAUUGUUUGGCAAGUACCUUUUGGUGACUAACACUGUGAGCUGUGGUUUGAUGAUGGCUGCAGGGGACGUUAUUCAACAACGCAACGACUAUUUAAGGAAGUACGAUGUACCUACUGGGACAUAUGUAAUGGCAGCAUCCCCAAAUGCAGAACGAAAGUUUCACAAUUCAAGAAAUUCUGACGAUUAUAUACACGACUACGAGCGAACUAAAAACAUGACCAUCGUGGGUCUGCUUCAAGGUCCUUUUCAUCACUGGUUUUAUAUGAUAUUGGACAGAGUAAUUCCUGGGAAAACCGCACUGUCUGUUAUCAAGAAGACCUGUCUAGACCAAAGUAUAGCCAGUCCAACUUGUCUGGGAAUAUUUUUCAUCGGUCUUGGCCUUUUAGAACAUCGCAAUAUAGAAGAGAUCCGCGAGGAGAUGAGACUGAAAUUAUACGAUACGUGGAAGGUUGACUGUUGCUUUUGGCCUCCAACGCAGUGCAUAAAUUUUUUAUUUGUACCUCUUCAUUAUAGGGUGCUCUACAUCAAUUUUAUGACAAUGAUCUAUGACAUUUUUCUAUCAUACAUGAAAUAUGAUGCGCAAUAUGAAUGACAAAAAAACCUCAAAAAUAGUCUGUUAUAAUAUAAUAUAAAUAAUUAUAUUUUUAGGUGAUCAGCUGUAAUUUCUAAUAUUUUUGUGAGUAUACAUUAUAUAGAAUGUACGAUAAUCAACGUAAAAAGAUAUCAGAAAUAAAGAAGCUCCUAUUUUUGUACAAAA